GAUGCGAGAGCGGCGCUCUCCGCUGCAGCUGCCGCCGCCGCCGUCGCAGCUUCAGCCGCCGCAAGAGCCGGAGCUGUGAGGAGCCGGGGCCGUGAGGAGCCGGGAGGAGCUGGGUGCGCUGCCGGGCGCUGACCGCCCUCCCGACCGCCGUCAGAGGUUCUCCAGCAGGCCCUGGUGGCCCAGCAUGGCCCACUGAGGUGAACCAUGACAGGCCGGCCCACACGCGCCGCUGACCAUCCAGAGUCGCGUCUCACCAGGAGGUGACCCCUCCUCCGGCCGCCACACCCCCACUCGCCCACCCCCGCCAGGAAAGUGCCCGCGGCUGCCACGGACACCAUGUAGUAGGGCCGGCCGCGGCGCCCAGCGAGCUGCGAUGGUUUUGUACACGACCCCCUUUCCCAACAGCUGUCUGUCCGCCCUGCACCGUGUGUCCUGGGCCCUCAUCUUCCCAUGUUACUGGCUGCUGGACCGGCUCCUGGCCUCCUUCAAACCCACCACCUACGAGAAGCGCCAGCAGGCGGACGACCCGUGCUGCCUGCACCUGCUCUGCACCGUGCUCUUCACGCCCGUCUACCUGGCCCUCCUGGUGGCCGCGCUGCCCUUUGCCUUGCUCGGGUUCCUCUUCUGGUCGCCCCUGCAGUCCGCCCGCCGGCCCUACGUCUACUCACGGCUGGAAGACAAGGGCCUGGCCGGCGGGGCAGCCCUGCUCGGUGAAUGGAAGGGAACAGGGGCCGGCAAAAGCUUCUGCUUCGCCACCGCCAACCUCUGCCUCCUGCCCGACUCGCUCGCCAGGUACAACAACCUUUUUAACACCCAAGCACGGGCCAAAGAGAUCGGGCAGAGAAUCCGCAACGGGGCCGCCCGGCCCCAGAUCAAAAUCUACAUCGACUCGCCCACCAACACCUCCAUCAGCGCGGCCAGCUUCAGCAGCCUGGUGUCUCCGCAGGGCGGAGAUGGCGUGGCCAGGGCCGUCCCCGCGACCAUCAAGAGGACAGCCUCUGUGGAAUACAAGGGUGAUGGCGGGCGGCACCCCGGUGACGAGGCUGCCAACGGCCCGGCCUCCGGGGAGCCAGCUGAUGGCUGCGGCCUUGAGGACGCCUGCAUUGUGCGCAUCGGUGGCGGUGGCGAGGAUGGGGGCCGGCCACCUGAAGGCGACGACCCUGCCCCUGGGAGCCAGGCCAGGAACGGGGCUGGCGGGGGCCCGAGGGGCCAGACACCCAACCACAAUCAGCGGGACGGGGACUCGGGGAGCCUGGGCAGCCCCUCAGCCUCCAGGGAGUCCCUGGUGAAGGCGCGAGCCGGGCCGGACGGCGGCAACGGGGAGCCGGGUGCCAACAGCAAGCUCCUGUACAAGGCCUCGGUGGUGAAGAAGGCGGCCGCACGCAAGAGGCGGCACCCGGACGAGGCCUUUGACCAUGAGGUCUCAGCCUUCUUCCCCGCCAACCUGGACUUCCUGUGCCUGCAGGAGGUGUUCGACAAGCGGGCGGCCACCAAGUUGAAAGACCAGCUGCACGGCUACUUCGAGUACAUCCUGUACGACGUCGGGGUCUACGGCUGCCAAGGCUGCUGCAGCUUCAAGUGUCUCAACAGCGGCCUCCUCUUUGCCAGCCGCUACCCCGUCAUGGACGUGGCCUAUCACUGUUACCCCAACGGGCGGAACUCCGAUGCCCUGGCCUCCAAGGGAGCUCUGUUUCUCAAGGUGCAGGUGGGAAGCACACCUCAGGACCAAAGAAUUGUCGGGUACAUCGCCUGCACACACCUGCAUGCCCUGCCAGAGGACAGUGCCAUCCGGUGUGAGCAGCUGGACCUGCUUCAGGACUGGCUGGCUGAUUUCCGAAAAUCUACCUCCUCGUCCAGCGCAGCCAACCCCGAGGAGCUGGUGGCGUUUGACGUCAUCUGCGGAGAUUUCAACUUUGACAACUGCUCCUCUGACGACAAGCUGGAGCAGCAGCACUCCCUGUUUACACGCUACAAGGACCCCUGCCGCCUGGGGCCGGGGGAGGAGAAGCCGUGGGCCAUCGGUACCCUGCUGGACACCAAUGGCCUGUAUGACGAGGAUGUGUGCACCCCUGAGAAUCUUCAGAAGGUCUUGGAGAGCGAGGAGGGCCGCAGGGAGUACCUGGCGUUUCCCACCAGCAAAAGCCCGGGCCAGAAGGGGCGGAAGGACCUGCUGAAGGGCAACGGCAGGCGCAUCGACUACAUGCUGCACGCCGAGGAGGGGCUGUGCCCAGACUGGAAGGCGGAGGUGGAAGAAUUCAGUUUCAUCACCCAGCUGUCCGGCCUGACCGACCACCUCCCAGUGGCCAUGCGGCUGAUGGUGUCUGCGGGGGAGGAAGAGGCGUAGACCAGCCACGUCGCCGGCGUCCGGAGCUGCGCGGCCUCUGCCAGCCCUCUGAGUCGCAGCCCAUCCCUGGGCCACGUCCCCUCCAUGGAGUGUCCAGUGCUGCGGGGAGGAGGGCAGGGACCGGGAGGGAGCCGGUCAGGGACCAGGAGCCUGGAAGCAGCGCUGCUCUGGGCCCUCACUGCGGACAGAGGAGCCAGGCCGGCCCGGGGAGGCCCCAGCUGCCUAACCAGUGCCAUUCUUUCAAAACGUGAUUUUCUACAAAUCUACAGCACAACCUAGUUUGUAACCCGUGGGUUAGUAUGAGGACCGGGUUUAUGUACUCUUUGUAUCUCUUCUUAAGCUUCGUCCAGGGUUCAUUAUUUUUGUCUGCUGCCAAUGUCGUCUCGCAUGCCUGCACCCUCGCAUGCACGCUGCCCGCAUGCCACGUGCCACGCUGUAGCCACACAGACCCCUUGCUCGGGCCUCACCCAAGGCCAAACUCCAAACACAAUCAGAACCAGCCAAAGAAGCACUUCCUGGGCACGGCCGCCAGCUCUCCCGCUCCAGCCUGGAACAGCUCACCGCAGGGACCUGGGGGCUGUGUCUCUACCGCCAGCCCAGGGCUCUUCCCAGGGUCUUGCAUUCAAGGGCGAUUACAUUUUAAAAAAGAAAAACAGAUUAAGUUAAAAACAAAACCAACCCUUCACUUCAAAGGGUCUGCAAAUCUCUCACAGAACUUUGCUCUUCCUGAAACAGGGUCCCUUCCCGCCCAGGCACGCCAGGGUCCAGCUGGCUCUGGCCGCCAUAAAGCCUCCUCUGGAGACUCGGGUCUGGGCAAUGGAGCCAUAAAUGGGGAAUCCGAGAGAGCACCCGCUUUUUUUUACAGGAAGAAGGGGACUCAGCACAAAGGGGGGUGGGAGGGCCUCGUUUUGAAAAUGACAGAUUUGUAACUUCUAUCAAAACCAACACAUCCUCUACUUUCUACCCUCCGGACACCUCUCUGGUUUGGGACCAAUCCUUCCCUGGGGACUGUCCCCACCCACGUGCCGGCUGAGCUCAGGAACUGCCUGCCUGCCCCCAGGUGGGGCUGUGGCUCUGGCCCCCCAGGCCCAUCCUCAACAGCUACCCCAGCCAACACCAAGGCUCUGAAAGGGCAGGAUGCCAAGGUGCGGAGAGGGCCUGUCCCCUCACCAGUUUGCAGGCUGGGGUGGCAAGGCCGACAGCCACUGCUUGGCUGGGCAGGGAGUGGUACUGGCUGGAGUCCAGGCACAGAGCCACCCUGCUACUGGGCCCCCCGGCUCCGUGUGGCAGAGCUGGCCAACAGCCCACGGUCCCCCAUCUGCCUCCAGGCCCGAGGGAGGCCUGUGGCUCCCAGGCCCCCUCGGCAGCACUGCCUCUGUCCACCUGCCUUUAACAGACAACGGCGAGGGUUUGUCUCUAUCAAGGUGUAAGGCUCCAACUCGAAGGACUUUCUGACAACCCCCACUGGUCUCCCCUCCUCGCAGCACCCCGACCUUGUAUCCAGCCUGGCCCAGAGCCAGCUCUGCCUGGCGAGGCUGGAGGGAGCACCAGGGCCUGCUGUCAGCCUCCUGGCACUGGUGCACUGACGCUGUGCCUUGUCACCCACCCAGCUGCAAGAGGGACUGAGGGGCCCAAGCGGCCAGCCAGACGCCAGGCCCUGUGCUGGGGGAGGACAAUCCUGCAGAGCCUGGUCAGCUUUGCGAGGACGGUGACACUGGUUUGUCUGAACCCACCUGGCCUGGGGAGCAACCCCGGUGCCAGGCCCCUGCUCCCCAAUGUCUAGAGCCAGGAAGGGGCUGCUCACAACGAAGGCACUCCUGCCCGGGCACUGUGCCCUGCCCCAGAGUGGUGGCUAGGCCUGGUGGCGUGGAGGCCCCCACCCCAGGGCAGCCAGGACUCUGCACUCACACGGGCAGGGCUCGACUUCUACACUGCAGGCGGCUACGUGCA